UAUGAAAAUAUUCUAUCGACAAUUAUAUUGUGCACAAGGAGCGUCUGCCAAAAACCCUUGCAGCGAGGUACGACAUCUCCCACCGCCUUUGUCACCGCUGCCGUGUUACGGUUUUAUACGGAAGAACCAGCUUCAAUCGAGGCAUUCGGUGGAUGAAGAGCUGUGGUGCAGGUUGUUGGGUGUUUUGCUGCCAGACGCACAGGCUUGUUAUCUUAUCCUACUGUGUGUUAAAAAACUGAAGGUGUGAUACUUGGCGCGGCGCGAUGGGCGUGGAGACGUGGGUGUUGCUGGCGACAGUUGCGCUGCUGGCGUGGGCAUACUCCAAAUGGCGCCAUUCCUACUGGGCUUCGAAAGGGGUGCCCAGCCUGCCUGCCACUCCUUUCCUUGGACACACUAUGAAGUCUCUUUUCACUUCCAGGGAACCAUGGAAGCUCCAGGAGGAGACUCGUGACAAGUUCGAUGACACUCGCAUGUGUGGUUUUUAUGAGUUCUUCAAACCUGUUCUGUUGGUCUGGGAUACUGAGAUACUGAAGCACGUCUUUGUGAAGGACUUUGACCACUUCACGGAUCGCAGACACUUUGAUAUGAAGACUGAUUAUGAAAGAGAUUUGGUGAUGAUGGAGAUGCUUUCAGUUAUAAACGGUCCACAGUGGAAGAGUCUACGAGCCAUCAUGUCGCCAGCUUUCACCUCGGGCAAGAUCAAAAGCAUGUUCGAUCUGGUGUGCAACAAGGCUGAUAUUCUCGUUGACAUUUCAAUGAAACAAGCAACACAAAACCCGCACGUAGACAUGAAGAAAAACUUUGGUCGAUUCACUAUAGACACAAUUGCUUCCUGCGCCUUUGGCAUUGAGAGUAACUCUCUGUUGGAUGAAAAUGCUGAAUUCCCUAAAAAAGCACAAGUAUUUUUUGAACUUCCACCUCUUAGAAUGAUAAAAUUUCUUGCAAUAGGGCUUGUACCAAGUCUAUUUAAAACAUUUCGCUUGAGUAUCAAUCCUCCAGAGGUUGACUUUUUUGCGGAUGUAGUCAAGCACACAGUGGCGGCCAGGGAGGCUGGGGAGACUCGUGGGGACUUCCUGGACCUACUGCUAGAGGCACGAGACAACUCUGACAACCCUAACGGCAAACACGUACUCAGCCAGCGGAGUCUCGUAGCUCAGAGUGUGUUGUUCAUUAUUGCUGGUUACGAAACAACAGCCACCUUGCUAGACUUCGCCUCCUUCCUGCUGGCCAAGCAUAAGGACCAGCAGCAGCGCCUCCGAGACGAGAUGCGGCAGUUAGUGAAGGAACACGGCUGUAUCACCUACCAGGGCAUCAUGGAAGCCAAGCUGCUUGAGGCCUGCCUCCAAGAAACACUUCGGCUGUACCCACCAGUAGCGACGACAGAACGUUAUUGUACCAAGGCCUACAAGUUGCCAGGUACUGACUUGACCAUCAUGCCUGGAGAAAUACUGCAAAUGCCAAUCUGGUCCCUUCAUCACGACCCCCGCCACUGGCCAGACCCAGAAUCCUUCAUUCCAGACCGCUUCUUACCAGAGAAUAGAGGCAACAUCAAUUCCUUCGCACACAUGCCCUUUGGGAUGGGACCGAGGAACUGUUUAGCCAUGCGGUUUGCUCUGAUGGAGGCCAAGGUGGCGCUGGCCAAACUGCUGCUGGAGGCGGAGCUGAGCCUGGCUCCAGGCCACGAAGAGGUGACCUUAGAUGCGCAAGGUGGUCUGAUAAGGUCAAAAGGUUUGAACAUAAAGCUGAAGAAGAUCGUGGAAGAAGUACCUCGUGGCGACGUGAUGGGGUUGGAGACGUUGCUACUGCUGGCGAUGGUGGUAGUCCUGGCGUGGCUGUACACCAAAUGGCGCCAUUCCUACUGGGCCUCCAAGAGCGUACCCUCCCCGCAUGCCACACCCUUCCUGGGCCACUUCCAUAAGUCUUUCCUUAUCAAUAAGAGAGUCUGGGAGUUUUACCAAGCGAAUUACACAAAGUUUUACGGAUCGUCUAUGUGUGGCCUAUAUGAGUUCUCCAGACCUAUUUUGGUAAUAUGGGGAACUGAGAUGUUGAAACACUUCUUCGUUAAGGAUUUCGAUCACUUCAGCGACAGAAGAGAUUUCAAAUUAAACUCUGGCCAUCCAAGGGAUAAGAUGGCCAUGGAGAUGAUUGCUCGCAAAAACGGAGAAGAGUGGAAGAAAAUGCGGGCUGUCAUCUCGCCCACCUUCAGCUCAGGCAAGAUAAAAAAUAUGUUCCCUCUGGUGUGCGACAAGGCCGAUGCUCUCGUCCAGUUCCUGAUGAAGCAAGCGGCAAAAAACCAGCAAGUGGAGAUGAAGAAAACCUUUGGCCGAUACACUUUGGACACGAUUGCUUCUUGCGCCUUUGGCAUUGAGUGUAAUUCUCUGCUGGACGAAAAUGCUGAAUUUCCUCGCAUGGUGGAAGCUUAUUUCACUAAGAGUCCAGGUAGAAUUUUUAAAAUUCUAUUACACAAAAUCAUACCAGGUCUCUUCAAAUUGUUUAACAUUAGCAUACAGCCUCCAGCAGCAGAUUUUUUCAUUGACGUUGUGAAGCAGGCGAUAGAGGCCAGGAAGGCCGGUAAGAAGCGGGGAGACUUUCUGGAUCUGAUGCUGGAGGCGCGAGACAGCACCGGAGACCCCAACAGCAAACACGUGCUGAACGAUCAAGGCAUUGUGGCUCAGUGUGUGAUGUUUCUCGUCGCCGGGUAUGACACCACCACCUCCUUGUUAUCCUUUUCGUCCUUCUUGCUGGCCAAGCAUAAGGACCAACAGCAGCGCCUCCGAGAUGAGCUGCGGCAGCUGGUGAAGGAAAACGGCUGUAUCACCUACCAGGGCAUCAUAGAGGCCAAGUUACUUGAGGCCUGCCUCCAAGAAACCCUUCGGUUAUAUCCUCCUGGCAUACAGCUGGAGCGUGCCUGCACCAAGGCCUGCUCAUUACCCGGCACUGGCCUAACACUCAAACCUGGAGACUUAGUGCAGGUGCCCAUCUGGUGUCUCCAUCACGACCCCAACUACUGGCCCGACCCCGAGGCCUUCAUUCCGGACCGCUUUCUACCCGAGAACAAAGACAACAUCCAUCCGUUCACACACAUUCCCUUCGGGAUAGGGCCAAGGAAUUGCAUAGCCAUGCGGUUUGCUCUGAUGGAGGCUAAGGUGGCGCUGGCCAAACUGCUCCUGGAGGCAGAGCUGGAAUUGGCACCGGGCUACGGAGAGGUCGCCAUAAUAUCAAGCAUUGCCCUGCGUCCCAAGGAUGGUGUGAUGGUGGUAGUGAAGCCACUCAAGAAAUUAUUCUAGCUUGAGCUUCACAUGUCAGACCAACUUCUGACCUAACAUCCACACCGUGGCGAGUGGCGUCAAUAAUUGUUGCACAUAUAGCAGCACAGCUUUACAAUCCCUAAAAAACGUUUCAAACACCAUGCUUAGAGACUUUAUCCAACUCAUAGUUUUGCUCACAAACUAGCUACCAUUGAAAAUCUUUCCUUACACACAGAACUCCUCUCUCCGGCAUGAGCACACCUUAUGUCGACCAGUAUGGAAUAUGGACAUUGACAAUGUAUAUUUUUUUUUUACGUCGAGGCCUAUAGCAUCUAUAGGCUCACUUGAAGAAUGUGUAAAAAGCGCUGUUCAGCUUCCACCCAUUAGUGGCGCAGGCCAUUUUAUUUAUAGUGGUA